AAACUGCUAUGGGUAACUCUCUACAAGACCUCGGUGCAUUCCAGCAACAAUAUCGAAAAGCAGUUCAUCGAAUUGGCGAACUUUUUAUUUACAGAUUAUUGAGGCAAUGGCUGCACAACGAUUGGAUAUACUCAUUGACGUCAAAAGGCAAAGAACAAAAUAAGACUCUGAAGAUACUACAUGAAUUUACCAAACGAAUUAUUACGGAACGGAAACUUUAUCACGAACGCACUAAUGGUCAAUUUUUGAAAAAUUUUGAUAAUAUUAAAUGGACAAAAGAAAAUGAUGUAGAAACGAUGGGAAUUCGAAAAAAACGGCUUGCAUUGUUGGAUCUUCUAAUAGCAGCGUCUCGAGAAGGGCUUUUGACUGAUUUAGAUAUCAGGCAGGAAGUUGAUACCUUUAUGUUUGAGGGUCAUGAUACUACAGCGAUGGGUAUAUGUUUUUUAUUAUCACUUUUGGCUGAGCACAAAGACAUUCAGGUAUUUUUUUUUUCUUAAAUUAUACUCUGGUGAAAAAAUUCUCAUGUCUUAUAAAUUCUCAUAAUAUUCAGACACACGU